CCACUCAGCCAGACAAUCAAAGAUGUUUGAGUUUCCAUGCGCAGUGACCAGGGAGGCACAGCGAAGAGCAUUACUACCCCUCCUCCAGCUCCGAUAGCCCCGGCCUCCGCACUACAAACACAUUUGAUCAGAAGAACCUUUUCUGUUUUUUAAAAAAAAGAAAUAAAAAGUAUACAAAACUGGUCAUGCGACGCGAUUUAUUUCUGCCGGAGCAAGGAAGGAAAAACUAGAUAAGACCUGUUGGCGAUGAUGGAUUAUUCAAAGGCGCAAAUGUCAAAUUUAUCCGAGCAGGUCAGUCCCGCUGGAGUGAAGCUGGAGGCGUUGAUGGAGCAGCUGCAGAGACAACAAGAGGCCAAACUGGAGAUGAAUCUGCAGGAGAAACAUUUCCUUCAAGCCCAGCUCUUGUAUGCUCAACACGCUGCUGCAGCCAGAACCUCGGGAUCCAGACUGGACUCUGCGUUAUUUGCCAAAGCAGAUGGACAGACUUAUCAAGCAGCUCAGCAGGCUUUGAACGGCCAUCUCAGCAGAAUAGAUCCAGAGGAGGAAGAUGAAGGCUCGGAUGAGGAGGAAGAAGAAAUGGUGGAGCCUGAAGAGAACAACGAGGUGGAGGAAGAUGAGGAGGCGGAGGACGAUGAGGAGGAGGACGAGGAAGACAAUGGGUCUCAUCAGCAGGCGAAGAAGCCUCGACUCCAGCAGGUUACGGGCUUCCCCUUUCCUCCUUAUUCCACGUCUCAGCUGUCUGCUGUGAAGCAAAUGUCUGAAACUCCACCUUCAGCAACAAAACAUGAGGAGCAUGAGGAGAAGGAGCUGCAGUCUCCUGCAGGCCAACCAGCCUUCACAUCACCCAACGGCUUUGCUGACUGGGGCUAUGAUGAGUCAUUUAAACAAAGAGGAGGUGCCGCCUGGGCUGAGGAUACAAUGAAUGAUGGAGGAAAAGUAAGAGGAGAACCAUCCAGGGACUUUGCCAAGCUUUAUGAACUAGAUAAUGACCCACACAGGAAGGAGUUUCUUGAUGAGCUCUUUGUCUUUAUGCAGAAACGAGGAACUCCUGUCAACCGCAUUCCCAUUAUGGCGAAGCAGGUUCUGGACUUGUACAGGCUUUAUAAGCUGGUAACAGAGAAGGGAGGCCUGGUGGAGGUCAUUAACAAGAAGAUCUGGAGGGAGAUCACCAAAGGUCUCAACCUCCCCACAUCCAUCACUAGCGCAGCCUUCACUCUCCGCACCCAGUAUAUGAAGUAUCUGUACCCGUUUGAAUGUGAGAAGAAGGGCCUGAGUUCUCCGGGUGAGCUGCAGGCUGCCAUCGACAGUAAUCGCAGAGAAGGUCGACGUCCCAGCUACACCAACAGCUUGUACCGUUACUCCCCCUCCCCGAGCUCCACUCCGCAUGCUGUCCUCUCUGCAUCCACACCGACCGGACACAACGGCCUGAGCACAUCCGCUAGCCCAAAUCUAAAGAAAAAGACGGAUGAGAUGUCAACCCCUGUAUUACCCAGUCGGCUGCCCAUGGCUCUGGCACUGGGGCAGCAGCAGCAGCAGCAGCAGCAGCUGGCACAAGCUGCCACACUGGAACAUCUGAGAGAGAGGCUGGAGCGAGGAGGAGGAGCUGCAGCUGAUGGGCCAGACAAGAAAAUGAUGCAUCUGGCGGAGGAGCAGCAGCGUCUCAUGCAGCAGGCCCUCCAGCAAAACCUCUUGGCCAUUGCCUCUCAUUUCAACCCCUUCAACCCCAGCCUCAAACUUAACAAUGGACAUGAAAGCAAACAGGAUUUGUCCCUGAGUAUUUCCACUACUGGAGCAGCAAGUAUCAGUGUAUCUGUGGAGAUCAAUGGCACCGUUUACUCAGGAACACUAUUUGCCCAGAAGUCAGCGGCUCCUGUGACGCCACAGACUGCCACAAUGGCAGGAACAAGCGGUUUCAGUUCCCUCUCCUCCUCACACAGUCCCACCUCUUCAUCGUCCACCUCCUCAAAGGGACCAAAUUAAGGCUGAAUGGCUUUUAAAUCUGUCCUCAGCAAAAUUAUUACACAAUAUAACUCUCUUGUCAGACGAGAACUGUGUGAAUUCCAGGAAAAAUCAGCUGUAAUGUAUGCAGAAGUUCCAUUUUUGCCCACAUAGCUUUGUUCUAUCUAUCUUGACGAGAGGACUUUGAUAUUUGACCUCAAAGGCUUCCAGAAUGACCACAAUUUAGAUUCAAAUUGCAGUUUACCUUAGUGCCUGUUAGAAGCAGUGUAAAUGUAGUGGGAUUCAUCUUCAAAGGGCUUCACAAGGUUUAUUCAAAAGUGUCUUUAGAGCAGAAAGUACACAAUGAGAGCCAAUGCUAAGCUUUUAUAUGUGAAACUAAUUAUCAAAUAGUUUGUAGCUGCCUUUUUCCAGAGUAUAACAGUGUGCUGCUGCUGAUGAAGACCAGAAAGCCUUAGCUCAAUGUCAUAGCUCCAUACUGAACUGUUUUCUGAAACUUAUGGUUAAUACUUUUCAAUGCAGCUUUCAGGGAUUAUUUACGCUAUUGUUUUCCACCAUAAUGUGGAAUGAAAUGGUAUUUAAAAGAAAUUGGUUGCUGGUCGCAUUUUUUUAUGUUUUGCAUUUAUGUGUUCCUUUAUUUUUUAUUUAAUCACUUGGCUCAGCCUCGAAAAAUAUCAAAACAUUUGUUUCAUGUCAGCUGUGAAUUGAAGGCAAAAAAUAAGAAACAAGGUUUAUGUAGGACGGAAGUAAUAGAAAUUUACCUCAACUGACUUCCCCUUGUUGGAAAGUCUGGAGUUUCUCCUGGACUCAGGAAUGUCCUCUGGACCCAUCACUGUUAUACUCUAUCUCGCUGUGUUGUAUUUGUAUAAACUCAGAGAAUGUAUCAUUAAUGACCUCGUGCUUGUGACAAGCGAACACUGAAACAGUUCUACCUCACUCUUCUAGAGAAAUAUGCAAUAUCUAAUGCAGCAUGUGUUGAUUUAGCCAUCUGCUGAAAUCUUCUGUAUGAGGACAAUCAAACAAACAAAAGCUACUGUGAAGUUGACAUAAAACUCUGUCUUUGAUUACUCUGUUUCUUGGACAUGUGACCAUGAGGAAUAAAACAGUAGAAAAACUGUA